GGUAAGAGCUCUGCUAGGUCGUUCCAAAAGUGUCAUGAUGGAGCACUACUCGCCGACUUCUGUGCAAGUUGGUUCUUGCUCCGAUAAGUCGAUCACCAAGCCCCACAGUCUGACUUUACGCCAAGGGAAAGGUCACAAAUUUCGGAGCGAUAAAUAAACAGAUCCACUAUCUUUCUCGCAUAUUAACAAUUACGCAUAGGGUGGAGGUGUUCGCUUCUUGAUCAAAAUCAAACUCAUCAUGUGUAGGUCGUUAAGUAUUGGCCUUGUCCUCGUUGUUCAGGCAACGAGUCGACGAAGGCAAGACACAAAUCCAACAGAAAUAAACGAAGCUACAUCGUGGACCAAAACAACGAAGAAGAUAAAAGGCCUCAAAAUACAACCAGGACCAUGAACAAAGUGCGCAGCACACAAGCAGAAACGUCACCACUCUUUAUAGUCUUGAUCUCAAUUCUGUGUAGUUCUAAAUUUUUUCCUGUAAGUGUAUCAGUAUCGUCAUGAUGUUGGUUCAUUUAGAAACUCCCUCGACUCUUCUCUUCAUGCCACACGCCUAUCCCCACCCGCUGCGGCGGCUUGUCUUGCUCUGCUUAGUCGUCGAGAUUGAUCUCGACCGCCGCCAUCUGCAA